CGCGACGAAUUUUCAAAUUCCAUUUGUCCGCUUGCAGAUAACGCCUUGAACAAACGAACCUUACAUCCGACUUGUAUCAUCGCUGUAACUCUCUUUGAAUAAUCCUCGUUAGCGAUCGAAUCGUUCUUACGAACUAAACUCGUCGAAUCGUUCCACGAUACGCACGUUCAGCUAUAACGCAAAGCUAUUUUUCUAACGCACGUUCAGCUAUAACGCAAAGCUAUUUUUCUAACGCACGUCUCACGCUUACGUGAAACACACAUUUGUAUUCCCUUUUGUCUACGAGCGCAGCCACGCUUCCGCCAGGAUAUGAAAGAAAAAUGUCACGAAACUACGCUCCAACCGCAUAACCAGGUUGCUAUAGAACCGUGUCACGAUUCGGCGCAUCGCUAUUCUUAUUAAUUUGAAUGUUCACGUAGACAAUUUUCACCUAGCCGUUGCCCGGCUAUCCGAACGAUCUCGAGGACGGAUACUUCGUCACGCGAAAUUGUUCACGUUCGUUCCAAUAUGCGAACGACGGAUGAUACCGUCUCGUCCCGUGUUAUGCACAUAGUCAUGCUCGUUAUGUGUAAACGAAAGAAAAGCGGUCACGACCGCUAUUUGGCCAUCACCCAGGAUUGGACGCAGCGAAAGUCCAUUGAGUUCGAACCAAGACAACGAUGGUUCCUUCCUAUCGCGAUGUGUCACCUGUGCAUGCCCUAUAAAUACUUAUGGGGGUCACCGAUAGCGAGCAAACGCAGUUUUCCUUCGGCCUCGUAGUUGCGAGCUAGGAUUUAGGCAGCGUCUCGAGGAUCGAUCAUGAAGAUUAUUUUGGUCUUGUCGUUGUUCCUGGCGGUCAGUGCAGCGAUUAUCGUCGAUAAGCACGAGAAGACCAAGCCUGUUGCGUCGAAGAGACACGACAAGAGAGGACUCGUAAAUUUGGAAUAUGGCGUGCCCGAUCAUCCGUACGGUCAUCCUGAACCGGCGCCUGUCUUCGAGCCUUCUCUUCCGGACGUGGGUGGACACUUGGAGUCCGUGAUCGCGCCUGUAGCACCUCCGCCACCGCUACCUGUAGCGCACGCAGCUCCCGCAGUUCCAGUACCGGUGCCUCAGCCGAUUCCACAGCCGCAACCGUUUCCAGUCGCGGUGCCUCAGCCGGUACCGCAUCCGGUUCCAGUCGCCGUGCCUCAGCCAGUGCCACAUCCGGUUCCAGUCGCAGUUCCCGUGACGAAGCACGUGGCGGUGCCUGUGCCAGUCGAUCGAGCGGUUCCAGUUCCUGUGGAUCGUCCUGUUCCCGUGCCGGUGGCUGUUCCCGUGCCCAAACCGUAUCCGGUCCACGUGGAGAAGAUCGUGCACGUCGAUAGACCAGUGCCAGUACCGUUCGACAGGCCAGUUCACGUGCCAGUGGAUCGACCAGUGGCCGUUCCUGUUCCAGUACCCAAACCGUAUCCGGUUCCGUACGAGAAGGUGGUCCACGUGGACAGGCCCUAUCCUGUUCACGUGGCAGUGCCUUACCACGUUCCCAAACCUUAUCCAGUACCCGUUGCUGUUCAUGCUCACAAGACGCAUGGAUGGUUCAAGUAAGGUUUCCUCGAGAUAUCUCUGUCGGUUAACCAAAAUUUUCUACGUUGGAGCUACUGGCGGUCGACGAUGGUAUACGAUGGCGUUGAGAAGUUUGCCAUCGUUUCAUCGAUUUAACACUUUGGCCGUUUCUCGUCUCAGAUGUUAGAAUUAGAUUGCGGGGUACGUAGACGUUUAGGGCCAUUUGAGUAUGCACAAAUGCACAGAAUGGAUACAUUGUACAAAAAUAUGUAAAAUAUCCAGAGCAGAGUAUUUCUUACGUCAGUUGUGACAGGCGUAACGAGUCUCUACUCUUUUUAAUUACGUUCAUAGAAAUAACUCUGUUUGGAGCGCAGAUUAACGCGGUACGUUUCUCCAAGUCUUACCACCGACGAUUUCUAAGCAUCGAAUCUAUCGACCCUUAAUAAUACACCGACUGUUGUUAACACACCGACCGAAGUGAGAAAAACGACGGGUUUUUGGCAAAAAUUUACAACACCAGCAGCGUAUUUGGUACAAAAUUUGAAAUGACCUUGCUGGAGUUUAUAAUAAGAAGGAGCUACGGAGAGUUAUACGAGAAACUGUAUAAAGAAUCUAUAGAGAAAAACUAGAGAAAAUCUUGGAAAAAUUGGAGUAAUUUUCGUUUUUAAAUUACAAACCAGUUGUUUUCACCGCGUUGGUAGCUCUUGCGUCAACUCUUAAUUAAUAUCGUUGUAUUGUACAAGUGGCCGCUAGAAUUUCGUUCAGAUCGUUUAAUUUUAUACGCUAAAGAUUUAUCGAUAAUUUUUAUCGCGUAUAACACAAAGUAAAAUUAAACGAUCCAAGCGAAACUACUACGACCAUUUCUAAUCUAACGAGACCAGUUAAGCGUCAAAUGACUUUUUCCAACGUUAUUUUGGCUGAUCGUCGUUUCGAAUUUUCUGACACUAGUCCAUUCCAAUAGUAUAAUAAUCGUUGUUAAAACCUUAGGAAGAGCGAAUCGUGUGAAUGGUGUACAUAUUACUACGCACUGACACUGCCAAGAAUUUUUGUAUCGAUGAAUCUUUAAUACGUUUAUUUGUUGUUACAUAAACGAAAUUUAAUACCGUUAAGGAUCUUUA